AUGGCUGACUCAAAUUUUGUUGAUAGGGAGAAGCAAAAGCAAGCAGACAGUGAUAUCAAGGACAUGAUCUCUUCUCUGACGAAACGCCUAGCAGACCUCCAACGUGUGCACAAGGCAGCAGCAGGAGACUCGGGCCAGAAUCUUCAGGGUGAUGAUGAAGAUGAUCAUGGCACCAGAAUCAUCACUCUAGCUGGAACCAAUGUGGGGGCCAGCAUGCGUGGUGAGAUGGACGAGAAAGCUGGGAUCGAGGGUCUUUCACCAGGGGAACAUGAGGCCUUAAAUACAUAUGUAAACAGCAAUUUCCAGUCCAUCAACAAUUCCAUCAUGUUGGGUGGUAGCUAUUGUACUAAUGACCCUGGUGUUCAUUUGGACAUCUCUGAUUAUGUGGAUGAAGAAGUCCCAACACCAAAAGGACAUGGAAACAAGAGAGGCAAGAAAAGUAACCACCAGUAUGAACAGUCAUAAUAGGCUUAUACCAUAAUCAAGAGAAGUUCAAUGAUCAAGAAGCUGCUAAAAAUUCUCUAUAUGAAUAAAUAUCAGACCUUAGUUGAGUUCUUUGUGUUUCUGUUCUCUUCCAAUGUGCCUUGUCUCUUGGCAUGGGAUUUCUGUCAAGAGCAGUGAUUACGAUUAUUCGGCUAAAGACCUAGUAUUCAAGCUUAUUAUGAGGAUCAAUAUGCUUAUCAUGAUAUAUCAGAAAGAAAUGUUACAUGUGUAUUAUUUUUAAUAAUCAUAACAUCUUAUCAGA